UUCCCUCUAGGAGCGCGCCGCCGGCGGGGAGGAAGGGGCGCGUCUCCCCGGAGCCUUCGUCGCCCCGCGCCCUCUCUUCCCAGGCCCGGUGCCGGAGGGGGUGGGGGUGGGCGCCCCGCGGGUCCCCUCAGGCUCGGCGGUGCCCGGGGCGGGUGUUGGUGACUUCAGUCAUUUAGAGGUUUAGUUCUGAGGAAGUAGAGACACAAGGAUUGAGUUUUUUUACAAAGAAAGCUACAGCUCUUCACCAGUACUCUUUUUACUCCUUCCCAUCCUUCCCUGCUCGUUAGGGGAGAACAAUUUGGGAAUUAUUUUAAACAUUCAUUUACUCCCCCUUCCCUCUCUCCGAAAUCUACCCUGGUCCCAGAGGCAUCCGCUAGACAGUGCCUGACAGGACCAGGAGAACAUUAUCAUUGCUUGCUUGCUUUGGGAGUUUCAGGAGUACCCUUCCCUCCUUUGGGGUGUAGUGUAGGGAGGCAUCCAGAAGACUUCCGUGCCACCCUAUUUGGUUAGUAGAGGAUCCAGGAAAAGGGGUACCUAGCAAGACACGUGACCUCCUUAAGGGAGCCAGAACUGAAGGAGCACUUGGCACGCUGAAGGAAACACCCAUCUUUAGUGUCUUUUUCGUCUUCCACUCCUUCCUCACCAAAUUUCUGCAGUUCCAUUGGAAGGAGACCUUGAAGGUUGCAAGACAAGUCCAAGAUGUGCAGUUCAGUUGCUCCCAGACUGUGGUUCUUGACAGACCGUCGCAUCAGAGAAGAUUACCCUCAGCAGGAGAUCCUGAGAGCCCUGAAGGCCAAGUGCUGUGAAGAGGAGCUGGAUUUCCGGGCCUUGGUGAUGGAUGAAGUGGUACUGACCAUUGAGGAUGGAAAUCUUGGUCUCCGGGUGAAAGGGGAGCUCAUUACUGCUUACCCACAAGUGGUGGUUGUGCGUGUGCCAACACCUUGGGUCCAGAGUGACAGCGACAUCACAGUCCUUCGCCACCUAGAGAAGAUGGGCUGUCGAUUGAUGAAUCGUCCUCAAGCCAUCCUCAACUGUGUCAACAAGUUCUGGACAUUUCAAGAACUUGCUGGCCAUGGUGUGCCUCUUCCAGACACUUUUUCAUAUGGUGGUCAUGAGAAUUUUUCCAAAAUGAUUGAUGAGGCGGAAGUGCUGGAGUUCCCUAUGGUGGUGAAGAACACGCGGGGUCAUCGAGGUAAAGCUGUGUUCCUGGCACGAGACAAGCACCAUUUGGCAGACCUAAGCCAUUUGAUCCGUCACGAUGCCCCUUACUUAUUUCAAAAAUACGUUAAGGAGUCCCAUGGCAAGGAUGUGCGCGUCAUUGUAGUGGGAGGCCGUGUGGUGGGCACCAUGCUCCGCUGCUCGACAGAUGGGAGGAUGCAGAGUAACUGCUCACUUGGUGGUGUAGGAAUGAUGUGCUCGCUGAGUGAACAAGGCAAGCAGUUGGCAGUCCAAGUGUCAAACAUCCUGGGGAUGGAUGUGUGCGGCAUUGACCUGCUGAUGAAGGACGACGGUUCAUUCUACGUCUGCGAGGCCAAUGCAAAUGUAGGUUUCAUUGCCUUUGACAAGGCUUGUAAUUUAGAUGUAGCUGGUAUCAUAGCGGACUAUGCCGCUUCCCUGCUGGCCCCCGGCCGCUUGACGCGGCGCAUGUCCUUGCUCUCCGUGGUGUCCACGGCCAGCGAGACUAGCGAGCCAGAGCUGGGCCCUCCAGCUGGGGCCGCUGUCGACAACAUGAGUGCUAGCUCCAGCUCUGUCGACAGCGACCCUGAGACCACGGAGAGAGAGUUGCUCACCAAGCUGCCGGGGGCUCUCUUCAACAUGAACCAGCUAUUAGCCAAUGAGAUCAAGCUCCUUGUGGAGUGAUGCCACGUGUAAAUAGGUGACCGACAGAACUCUCUCUUGUAAUUUUUUUUUUAAAACCAACUUGCAAUGCUGUUUAUCAGAGACGCUCAGAGGAAUGAGGAGGGGGGGGUGGGGGUGUCAGUGAAGAAAACAAAAGUAAAAGGCACACGUGCUGUGAUUGCUGUCCCUACUCAUUUUUGGAACAUUAAAUUGUCUUCAUCCUUCAUCAGUUUUACAGUGGAGAUGCUCAGUUUGUAACCAAGUGGCAAUUUUAUUUGGAUGCUGCUUUGGUCCCCAGAUAUAUUGCAGUUCAUGUGUCUUCACAGGCAAGCAUUGAAGCAUGAUUCACACUUGAAGGUUUUCAGAAAGUUGUCUGGCAGCUCUCUAGAAACUUCUGUGAAUUACUGCACUAGUUAAGUCUCUUCUACCUCUAUAAGGCUUGAUCCUGUAAAUUGCUGAGUGCCUCAAAUUCUUUAUGUGAGCUGAAGGUGUUAAAUACCAAGUAUUUCAAAAUUCCUGGACACCUGCUGUUCCCGCUCUUGUAGAUGGGAACUGUAAGUUCAGGAUCCUUUUAAAGUUGUGACUUUCUGACCUUUCAAAUGAUGAGGCUGAGAGAAGUGUCAGUUGACUUAAUGUGAACUUUCUGUAAAAAUCUGUAAAUUGUACCAUCUUAGUAUUAACUGGCAACUUUGUGUCUAAAUUUCUUUAUAAAGCUUUUAAAGGAGGAUACUUCUGUUUUUCUCAUUUCAAAUCUAGAUUUUGGAAGGUAAAGAGGGGAAUUGGUCAUAUUCUAUUUAUGGACAGAAGUGGCACGUUUUUAAGUAAUUUUUGCACAGUUGGAGGAGAUAAACAGCACUGUAAUGUUUGGUAUACAAAAUGAUGUUUAAUCUAAUGUGAAAAAGAAUUACACUAGUUUAAAACAAACGUGCAUCGACUUGUAUUUGUUAGUGUUUUAGUCUUUCUGAGAGAGAUCUGCAAUGUUAAUGUUCCUUUUUCUUUAAUACAUGCUAGUCCAACACUCCCCUUCUCUAUGCCUGCAUCUUUAACAGUGGCCAAAGUGAAAACACCGCAGACUGUUUGUUAAGAAAACACUGAGUUAUAGCCUGUACAUUGGUGGGGGGGUUGUUUGUUUGUUUUUAUUUUUUGCUUUUUUUUGGAGGGAGGAAUGUGGUAAGGUGUGGAGGAGGGAAGAGCUGGUUAAAAGUGAUUAGUCAUCCAGAGGAGCUUUAGAAUAAAGCCGCAGUUCAUACAAUACUUACCAGGCUUACUUUUUCCCCACUGAGCAUAAAAAACUGAUGUUGGCAUAAAUCCAAAGAGUAUAACUGGGGAGAAAUAUUCAGUUCUUAGCUUUGGAAAACGUGGCAGAUUCGAAAAAGGAAAAAAAAAAAAAAAAAAAAAAAAAAGAGCUCAGCCAGAGUUAAAAAAAAAUAAAAAAUAACCUAGGUCCACAAACAAUUUAGGGGUUGAUCCUGGACCCUUACAUCUGUGUGGUGUGAGUGCACACACUCGUGUGUGUUUGUGUGUGCACAAUUGUUUUGCUUUUUUUUUUUGAGGGUGUUGGCUGUUUAGCUCCUCAUUUUUUUCCAGACUUCCUGAUUUUCCUUAAUCCUUCUGGCUGUGCAUUUUCUCAUUAGCCUUGUGCUGGUUUGGAAAACAGCUAGCCAAAACAGAUACUGAGUCCAUUUUUCAGUCCCUGUCUUCCUCCUCCUUUUCCUCCUCCUUCUCCCUUUUCAUUCCCCUCUUAUUCUUGGGGUUCAUAAAGCCCUGGAACUAUAUAUAUAUAUAUAAAUAUAUAUAUAAAGAUAAGCCUCUUUUUUAAAAACAAAAAGUAAAACGUUUACAAUUGAAAAAUCAUCUUGUGAAAAUAGGUUUGUUUGGAGGGGGGUUGUGUGUGUGCAAUGCUGCUGUGUUCUGGAUACUUUAAUGGAGCAUGUCCCAUGUACCCUCUGAGGUUCUGCACUGCCCACCUCUGUGGCCCUUCCUCACCUCUCUGCUGCUCUGCUGUUUUACCUUCACUUGGACCUUAAACACAACUCACGGACACUAUGCAGAGAGUCUUCAAGAGGCAAUAAACAGAACAGUAUUAACCUACUUUAUGGAGGUUUGAUCAUGCUUCUUUGUACAGUUUGGUUUUUUAUUUUAAAAGGAAUGUAAUAAAAUGGCUUUUUUUUUGUAGAAUUAAAUAUUAUUAUUAAAAUCAAGUGAAAGGUUGACUGUUGGUGUUAAGCAGGAGGGUGGACCAGCUGGUCCAGCAAAAAAUGGAUCUUCAGCAGUAAAGGUAUUUUCAAAUCUUUCUUACUGAGCCUUCAAGUGCACAGGUUAUACCUGAAGAAUAUAAUCAUCUUCAACUUUCGUGAAGAGUUACAGAAUGACAGAACAUGAAAGUAACCUAAUUCUCUAGUCAUCGAGGGGUAAACUCUCUCUUCCAAGAGCUCUCCUUCCCUUGCUUGUUUAUCCAAGGGGAAUUUGGGGUGGGGGGUGGCUCUUUUUUUUCUGUUUUUGUUUUUUCUUUUUUUGUCUCUUCCUUUUUGCUGGUAGGUGCCUGCACUCCAUGAAAGGCUGAUAGGAUCAGUCCUUCCCUUUUUAGCUGUGACAUACAUUGAGCACAUGUGGAAUAACAGCAGGGAGUAAACGUGCUAGUUAGUAUACUGGUGCCUUUGCAUUUCUAUCACAGGAAACAUCUUUUAGAGGAAAGAGAUGUUCACUGUGUAUUCUGGAUUGUUUUUUGGAGUCCCCAUAGUAUCUUGUAGCUCACAGGAACCUUACAUUUCUAGCACCCUUUCAGAAUGUCUAGGUUACACCUCACAGUUAAAAAUUCAUGAAGUUAGCUUAAAAAGACCAAGUGGGUUGAGAGAUUUGCAGUUUGACUCCCUUCUGAUAAGUUUCUCCUGGUUGGUGCUUCCAUUACUAGUUUGGAGAUAAGUCUAUGCAUAAUGAUCACAGAAGGAGACAGGAUUUGAAACAUCAUAUACAUGUGUUUGGACAUUGGGUAUUGAUGCUGUUUGAAAACCUUGCUUGAGGGUUCAUUUAUACAAAUGGGCACACUUGUCUCAUGUAUUUACUUCCUACUUACCUAUUGCUACUGAAAUAGUGAAAUGCAGAGAAUGGCCUGGGGAUGCAAGGGGGGUGUCUUGUUUUUACUUAAAGGAAAAAACACCAACAAAAACAGCAUGUGGUAAUGAGGCAGUGUUUCCCAUUGAAGGUGAACUCCACAAAUGUCAGCUUUAUACACUUUAUUUUCUUCAUUUCUGUGUGCUGAAAAUCACAUGCUAAACUUCCAUACAAUUGCACUAACACUACCUCCAUAAGUGGGUUUGGAAGCAUGUACAGAAAAAAUGGUCAACACAGUGGUGGAUUACAGUAGUGCCAAUACAGCUGAUGGUGAUACAACUAUUUUUUUAUAUUUUAAUGUUUGACAGAACCAGUUAGAAAUUCUUGUUUGCAAGAAUAAUUUCUUACCCUACGUCUGAUGAAAUUUUGUUCUUUGUAACACUGGAGAUUUUCUUCUUUUGAACUUACUGUGUUUGUAAUUGAUGUCUUGCUGUCGAUGUAUGGAUUGUAUCUUAAUCCUUGUGUUUAAUGCUUUAAUGUGUUUUAUAAAAUCUUUUCUUGUAAUGUUACAACACCUUUUCUGUAAAACAGUGUCAAUGCUUGAUGUUUACAUUGACUUACAUGUUUUGUUCUGAGCCGAUGGUCAAUCUCAAAGCAUUUUCUCCCACUUCAUGUGCUAUCUUUGCCGUGUGAUAUUUACUCAGGAAAUAACCUCUGGAACAUCUGGGUAUGUCAGACGCAAAGGAGAUACUUCUUCAGAUGUUAUACCGGACUACCAAAUCCAACAAAUGAAACCAGUGACGCUUGCUAAAUUCCCUCAUUCCAAAAAUCUGUCAGUUAAAUACAUAAGGGACCAUAAGGGCUUAGAGAGACUUUGAAAACAGAUCGUACAGUACCUUUCUCAUGGCUCACUCUUUUUGAGAAGGUUUAUGAGCUUUAUGGCUGGUGUGAGACACACGACCCACUCCUGUUCUCUCUAUGGAAUAGUAGGUGCUCAGACAGGUAACUUCUGUUGCUACUGCCUUUUUUAAUUUUUAAUUUUUUCACUGUUCUAGGAAUUGUUUUAAACUGAACACUGCAGG